GCAUUUCCGAGCCGUCGGGGUCUGGCGGGGACGCGCCCUGGUUGGAGUGCCCAGACGGCGACCUGGGCUCCGUGCUGCUGGCCGACCUGUGGCAGGAGGUGCGCGACAGCGGCAUGUUCGACGGCGCGCCGGAGGACCCUCUGGAGUCCAUCAUGCCCUUCUCCCCCUGCAGCCCGCUGCUCAAGCGCCUGCGCCGGCGGAUCGCCGAGACGCCCGAAGGGGAUAUCGCCGAGAUUGGGGGCCAGGACAGGGUGCGCGUCAAGGCGGAGACGCCGGAUCAAACAAUGGUGGGGAGGAAAAAUCGAAAGAUGGAAAAUUCGAAGGCGCGUGGCAGGGGGUGUGGGCCGAUGGGAGAGGGGGAAGGGGAGGGGAUCGUUAGGGAGUUGUGCAGCCCAUCGGAGCCAGGGUCUUAUUUUGACUGGACGGGCCACAGGCCGGACACGCCCACCGGGGGGGGGCUCGGGACGGGGCCGGAAGUCCUGACCCCCCCCGGCCGGGUGAAGACGAUCGCAGGAAGAUUUGGGCGUCAUGAUCUGGAGGGGCUGCUGAGGACACCCAGGGACAAGAUGAUCGGCGGGUGGGGGAGGGGCGAGGGAGGGGCCUCGGGCCCGGUGCGCAGGGGCACCGGGGAGAGGAUCGUCAGGAAGGGUUCCCGGGCGACGAAGAAGAAGUGCGAUCUGGUGACCCCCAAGCAGGACUGUGGGGUGGUGGAAGGGGGCGAAUCUACUGGGGCUGGGGUGGCAGAGGAGGAGGUUGGUCCAUCUGGAGGGCAUGCGGGGUGGGAAGGGGUGCAUGGAGGUGCCUGGUCGCACCCCAGCGCCCUGAGAUUUGAUUGGGAGGAGCAUGAUGGCGGUGAGUGCAUGGGGGAGGACGCAUCAGGUGUGCAGAUGUUUCCCCAGAUGGGGAUGGCGCACCAGGGGCUGGGGGACGAGGGGUUGGAGCCCAUGGUGGACGUGAGUAACCUGCCGCUGCCGUUCUGCCCAGAUGAUGUGCUGAAAGGGGGAGGGGAGACCGGGCUGGCCGGCGGGGGGCUGACAGAGCCCGUGCUGGGGCAGCCAGUGUUUGGUGGCAUCCUGGGCAGCCCACAGGCGGGUAUCGAGCUGGAGACUGCCAUAGGCGACAUUCUGGCGGCCUUUGAACAUAUGAGCCCAAUCAAAGGGGAGGCUGACGAAGAGAACAAUCAAGGGGGAUCGAAUUAUGCAUUUGCGUGCGGGGCAGUCAGCAUGGACACAGGGGACACAGAUGGGAGGGCAGCCUUUGGAGAGGAUGGUGGGGAGGAGGUGGUGUCUCCAGAGAGGCGGCGCAAGGCAUCACGCACUUCAAGGAGCACCGGCUCAAAAGGAACUGGCAGGUCCAAGGGACUGAAGCAGAUCAGCCUGAAGUUGAUGGCAGCAUUGGAGGCACACCACGGAGGCUGCUGCAACUCAGUGGCCGACGAUCUGAUCCUGGAGAUGGCGUCAUCGACGGGAGGCAAGGAAGAAAAGACGGCAAAAGGAGGCAAGGGAAGCAAGGGAGAAAGAGGAGGCAGGGUGGGGAGUGGGGAGCCAAACAGUGACUGCGACAACCUGCGGAGGCGGGUGUAUGAUGUGCUCAAUGUGUUUGAUGCCUUGGGGCUCGUGAGGAAGGACGGCAGGCGGAUAUACUGGGAGGGCAAGCCCUUGGACGGCGACCCAAGGGCCGUGCAGUUGAAGCGGGAAAAAUGUGAGAUGGAGGAGGUGGUCAAGCAGAAAAAGAGCGAGCUGGCUGACCUCGUGGACCAGUACACAGCCCUGUACGGGAUUGCCACACGGAACGCCGAAGCCCCCAUCGAGUCGUGCCCGCCGGACAAGAGGCUGCUGGCACUGCCAUUUGUGAUCAUCCAGGCGCCCUCUGAUGGGCCUGUGGACAUCAAAAUCGCCGACGAUCUCAAACGGGUCACCAUGGGCUGCAUGGAUGGCCAGUUUGUCAUCCACGACGACAUGUGGGUGCUGAAGAACAUGGCCACGCGGAACCUGCCCAACUGGAUGCAGCCGGGGGAUUGA